ACAUUCUUCACAAAUUCAUCUAUCUCAACUCAUUGUCUCCCUAGCUAGCUCCCUAUUAAUUUCGAGAAUUUUAUUACUUUCAUUAAUUCCUUCAUAUCUUAAUUGCUACGCAGCAAUGCGUCGUUCCUUGGUAUUUCUAGCAUGGGCCUUGGCUCUUUUAGCUUGCUCUUCGUCAUUUGCCUCAGCUCGGAUCGUGCGACAUACGUUUAAUGUGGGAAAUCUGACUGUGAAUCGGUUAUGUCGUGAUCAAGUAAUCACUGCGGUGAAUGGCGGUCUUCCCGGACCAGCCAUUGUAGCUCGAGAUGGUGAUACGCUUGUUGUUCGUGUUAACAACAUAUCACCAUAUAAUGUGACUAUUCAUUGGCAUGGGGUGUUCCAGUUAAUGAGCGCAUGGGCCGAUGGGCCUGAAUAUAUCACCCAGUGUCCGAUUCGACCCGGUCAAAGCUACACUUAUAGAUUCAACGUGAGCCGCCAAGAAGGAACUUUGUUGUGGCACGCACACUUCAAAGCGCUCCGAGCCACGAUCCAUGGAGCCUUAAUAAUCCGACCCGCACGAGGUCGCACGUACCCAUUUCCAGCACCAUUCCGUGAAAUUCCAAUCGUCCUCGGCGAGUGGUGGAAUGCCGAUAUCAUGGACAUCGAGGAGGAAGCCGUCUCUCUUGGCCGACCGCCUAACGUCUCCAAUGCUUUUACUAUUAACGGCCAGCCCGGAGAUCUCUUCCCAUGCUCCUCAAACAACACGGUUAGGUUCACGUUAGUACAAGGAAGGACCUAUCUUCUACGGAUAAUCAACGCUGCACUCAACACUCCAUUAUUCUUCAAGAUCGCCAAUCACAAAUUCACAGUGGUAGCCAUCGACGCGUCCUACACCGACCCCUACGACAGCGACGUUUUGGUUUUAUCACCGGGACAGACCAUUGAUGCCCUGAUGACCGCCGAUCAAGCGCCGGCCCGCUACUACAUGGCCGCGAGCGCCUACGUCGUCCCUCCACUUGCUCCCUACGUCAACAUCUCCACCACCGCAAUCGUGUCCUACAUUGGAGCAGCGGCGUCGACUGCGGCGCCCCUAAUGCCCGUUAUGCCCGCCGCCAACGACUCCGACACGGGGCACAGGUUUUUAAGCAACUUGACCGGUUUGACCAGUAGCCCGCAUUGGACCCCGGUCCCACUGGAGAUAGACGAGCGCAUGUUCGUGGUGGUGGGGCUAGGCCUCACCCCAUGCGAGAACCCGAGCGGGGUUUGUGGUGGGCCCAACGGGUUGAAUAUAGCGGCGUCCAUGAACAAUGUGUCGUUCGAGCUCCCCACAGGGCUAUCGAUCAUGGAAGCCUUGGUGAACAACGUGAGCGGGAUAUACACGACCGAUUUCCCCGACAACCCACCGGUGACGUUCGACUACACGAGCCCGAGCAAUGCACAGAACCCGGAGUUUCUGGGGACGGUGAAGGGGACGAGGGUGAAGCAGUUCAAGUACAAUGCAACAGUGGAGAUGGUGUUCCAGAACACGGCGGUGCUGUCGUCAGAUGAUCACCCAAUGCACUUGCACGGCCUCAAUUUCUACGUGGUGGCGCAAGGCUUUGGAAACUACAAUCCCCAAACUGAUGGGGCGAAUUUCAACUUGGUGAAUCCACAAGAGCGGAAUACUGUGGUGGUUCCUGCCUUCGGAUGGGUGGUGAUUAGGUUCCGAGCUAACAAUCCGGGUGUAUGGUUCGUGCAUUGUCACAUAGACGGACACGUGCCGUGGGGUAUGGCUAAUGCUUUUAUCAUUGAAAAUGGGCCCACACCGGAUACAACUUUGCCUCCCCCUCCUGCGGAUCUUCCACAAUGCUAGUUCCAUUGCCUUCGCUAAAUGGAUAUAUAAUUCUUUUUCAACAUUUACUCUAGUUUCAUUUAUUGUAUUUUUUUUUCUAAUUUCAGUUCAGUAAAUGUAAUUUCAUUGGUGUGUAUUUUGCUAAUUGAUGUAUUUCAUAAUAAAAUCAUUAUAACAUUUUCCUUCAA